AUGGACAGUAUUUUUUUGAAGUAAUUUUCUUUUUUUACUUAAUUUUAAGUUAACUUCUUUUAAAAAAGUUUCUAUUUCAAAAUUUAAAGGUAAGGUGAUGGUUAGUAUAAGGGAGUUCUUUAAUAAAGAUGGAUAAUCUUUACCAACUAAAAAAGGUAUUACUUUGCAACUUUAUAAUUGGGUAAAAUUUAAGCAAUAUAUUGGUGA